CAUAUUUUAUAAUUGAUAUCAAACUAUCUUUACUUUGGCACGUUCGAAUUUCGAACUUACCGCCAUAACCUCAGCGUACGCGAAUGAAAUGUUUUCAUUUUUCGUCUCUCGAUUUAAUUAUGGCGGAUGGUGGCUGAACGUCAUUCAAUGUGAUUUUAUGUGUGCUCAUUUUGACAAUCGGUAGAUUUUUGAUGUGAGUGGUUGGUGAAAACGGUAGGAGAGCGAGGGGGAUCAUCAGGCGGACGUAUGAGAGCAAUGGCUGAGAACAGAAGUUCGGACAACGUCGACAUGCCGGACAUUGCCGAAGCCGAUCCACUGACGGCGGGGGCCGAGCACCCCGAUCACGAUGCCGAGCGCGCUGACGGCGGGACGGUGCUAGCCACCGGCAUCAAAACACCGCGGCUCGCCACCGACUCCGGAGUGGUGACCCUGGUUACGACGGGCACGACGUUCAACGUUAUCACCACGGAUCACCUGCCGCAUUUCAAACCAAUGUUGUGCGUGGACAACGGCUUCAUAUCCGGCGGGCCGGUCCCAGACGACAUCAAGGCGGCGCAUAUUGUGAUUCAGAAGCCAACUUCGCCUGCGGGGUCGGUUCAAGAGGAUGGAGCACCCACACAGACCUCUCCAGCUACCCGCACGGUCAGUGCUAGAACCUGGGCCGAGACUGCUAACAUGCCAGUACUUCCUGUCCGCUGUAAAAAUAUAUCCGCUGAACUUCACAAGCAGAGAUUUGGCUCCGGUGGCCGGGGGAGGUGCAUAAAGUAUGGCAUGGUUUGGUACACCCCUAGUGAGUUUGAAGCUCUCUGUGGGAGAGCUUCUAGCAAAGAUUGGAAGAGGUCUAUUAGAUUUGGAGGGAGAAGUAUUCAGACAUUGAUUGAUGAGGGCAUCCUGACACCACAUGCUACAAGCUGCACCUGUGGAGCCUGCUGUGAUGAUCAGUCUGCCAUGGGUCCCAUACGCCUCUUCACACCAUACAAAAGAAAGCGGAAAACUGCACAGGAAAUGGAGGAGAAGAGACCCAAAGUAAAGCAAGAGAGCAGUAUAACUGAGAGCGAGGUUGACAAUAUUCAUCAGACCAGCAGCAACAGCCAUUCGAAGGAAGCCUGGCAGACAAUCACCGAGGGAUUAGAUGGCAGCACCGAAUACCACUUGUUGGAGACACAGGAGCCAGCAAAGCUGGAUCACGCCACUCCGCUGCCCGACAUCAACGGCGUGAUGAAGCGGCUGGACGACAUCGGACAGACGCUGGUGCGGCUGGCGGGCGAGCUGAAGCAGUGCGCGGAGGACGUGCGCGUCGUGCACGCUCGCCUCGAGCACGAGCGCGCCUCCGCGCUGCUGGCCGCCAGCGUGGACGUGCAGGUGGAGGCCGAGCAGGUGUCGCUGCAGACCGUCGACGACUCCGAGGCCAAGAAGGUAGCGUGUGACGUCACAGCGUGCGCGCGCCUCGAGCACGAGCGCUGCUGGCCGCCAGCGUGGACGUGCAGGUGGAGGCCGAGCAGGUGUCGCUGCAGACCGUCGACGACUCCGAGGCCAAGAAGCGUGGACGUGCAGGUGGAGGCCGAGCAGGUGUCGCUGCAGACCGUCGACGACUCCGAGGCCAAGAAGGUAGCGUGUGACGUCACAGCGUGCGCGCCUCGAGCACGAGCGCUGCUGGCCGCCAGCGUGGACGUGCAGGUGGAGGCCGAGCAGGUGUCGCUGCAGACCGUCGACGACUCCGAGGCCAAGAAGGUAGCGUGUGACGUCACAGCGUGCGCGCCUCGAGCACGAGCGCUGCUGGCCGCCAGCGUGGACGUGCAGGUGGAGGCCGAGCAGGUGUCGCUGCAGACCGUCGACGACUCCGAGGCCAAGAAGGUAGCGUGUGACGUCACAGCGUGCGCGCCUCGAGCACGAGCGCUGCUGGCCGCCAGCGUGGACGUGCAGGUGGAGGCCGAGCAGGUGUCGCUGCAGACCGUCGACGACUCCGAGGCCAAGAAGGUAGCGUGUGACGUCACAGCGUGCGCGCCUCGAGCACGAGCGCUGCUGGCCGCCAGCGUGGACGUGCAGGUGGAGGCCGAGCAGGUGUCGCUGCAGACCGUCGACGACUCCGAGGCCAAGAAGGUAGCGUGUGACGUCACAGCGUGCGCGCCUCGAGCACGAGCGCUGCUGGCCGCCAGCGUGGACGUGCAGGUGGAGGCCGAGCAGGUGUCGCUGCAGACCGUCGACGACUCCGAGGCCAAGAAGGUAGCGUCACGAGCGCUGCUGGCCGCCAGCGUGGACGUGCAGGUGGAGGCCGAGCAGGUGUCGCUGCAGACCGUCGACGACUCCGAGGCCAAGAAGGUAGCGUGUGACGUCACAGCGUGCGCGCCUCGAGCACGAGCGCUGCUGGCCGCCAGCGUGGACGUGCAGGUGGAGGCCGAGCAGGUGUCGCUGCAGACCGUCGACGACUCCGAGGCCAAGAAGGUAGCGUGUGACGUCACAGCGUGCGCGCCUCGAGCACGAGCGCUGCUGGCCGCCAGCGUGGACGUGCAGGUGGAGGCCGAGCAGGUGUCGCUGCAGACCGUCGACGACUCCGAGGCCAAGAAGGUAGCGUGUGACGUCACAGCGUGCGCGCCUCGAGCACGAGCGCUGCUGGCCGCCAGCGUGGACGUGCAGGUGGAGGCCGAGCAGGUGUCGCUGCAGACCGUCGACGACUCCGAGGCCAAGAAGUGCGCGAACUGCAACCGCGAGGCGUCCGCCGAGUGUUCGCUGUGCCGACGCACGCCGUACUGCUCGACCUACUGCCAGAAGAAGGACUGGGCCACGCACCAGAUCGAGUGCCUACGCACAGUGCCCACCAUCCACGCCGACACGCAGCAGCACCAGUCCAUCAUGCUCAUCGUGGAGAGCCAGCAUCAAUAGUAUACGGUUCUUCCUGCCGUGCAAAUAGUGGAGGAAACUGAAGGCGACAGCAGCAUGGCAGAGAAGUUAAACGAGUAAAGUCGGGAGUCGUCGCAUUACUGUUAGCAUGGGCUCGAGUAAGUCCUGUAUUUGUUAUGAAACUUGGAUAAACCGUCUGUUUGGGCUGGCACAUGCUAAUAAGCCAGUUAUUCAAAACCAGGACAGUGUUUAUUAAGCUUUGCGUUUUUAAAAUAUUUUCUAACAGCGAAUGUGGUGGGCGAAAGCAUAUUUUUUGGGUAAUUUUAAGCUUCAACAAUUUUCUAUGUUAGUUAUUUUAUUGUUUGCGAAUUGGGUCAAGUUUGUUUUGUAUUUAUAAUGAUUGGUUAAUUUAUUGUACUUUGUGGCUCAUUAUGGUUGUUUUUAAUAUGUUCACCAGUCACUUGUUAUGGAAUAUCUUGGCUUUGUAAUGCAUUCAGCACUUUUCUGGUUUUGAAACACCAGCCCAAACACAAGAUUUAAGAUACAGCAAUUGCCAUAUGGAAGGCUGUAACGUGUGUCCCAAUGAUGAUAUGACAAGCGUUUACAUUUACAUGUUAUUCGCCGGCCAACGCGCGUGUAUGUAUCAAAUAAAUAACAUACAGCUCACCGCAAACAAAGUUCGGACUAUUCCGGCCUAGCACAAAGCUCUUAUGUUUUCAAAACUCAGAUAAAUAAAAUAAGAUCUGAGAUAAAUUACUGUUAACAUGACGUGUUUUGUAUUUAAGACAUUUUCGUUUGAAGUGAGGUCGAGUAAAGGAAGCAUUUUUUGAAUGUGUAACAUUUGCCAAAUAAACUAUUGAUUCGUGAUUUGUGUCCUCAAAUCGACCUCACCUUAGUAAUUUCAGUAAUUUCAUUAUCAUACUGAUAUGUCAAUAAAUAAAUUAAAAAAUCCUUGAAAGUGUACUGAUCGAUCUUUUGAUCUCUCUAAUGAUGUAAUUAGAAAUCACAAGUUUGUAUGUUAUAGAUUAGCACAUGGUGCAUAAUUUAAAACAUCGUACGAUCAUAAAUAGUCAAGCAGUUAAUUUUACAAACUGGGUCACUUUAGCUCUAUCAUGUGUAAUUCCAAAUAUUAAUUAAGAAUGCACACUCAAGUGAGACUAGGAUUGUUAAUGCGAAAAACCUUUAUAAUGCACAACAUUUUAUCCAAUAAAUGAGCGAAAUGAGAUGAGAAUUAGUUACUGACGUCAUUUGCUUGUGGCGCAGGAGUGAACAGUGACCAAUAGGUAAAAGGUGCACUAUUGUAUUCUUCUAGCCAUUGUAAAGGCGAUAUUUAACUAUUGCACGAAUAAAAUCUGUCUUUAUAAGUAAUUAUGUAUUUAAUAUAAUCAAUAUUUUCUUGUUGAGUGUGUGUAUGGUUUAUUCGUUAUGAUUGGACAGUUCGUGGAUUUACGAUAAUAUGUGAUAGCGAUAUGCAUAUUAUUAUUAUAAGAACGGUAUGAUGCACCAAAAUUACGAAUAAAGAUACUGACAGAAAUACAGGGUGUCCCAUAAAGAGCGUUCCAAACUUAGGGAGAAGAUAGACUACCUUGACUAACAUGACCUUCUACGAGACAUUAACCUUUUCAGCGCUACAAAUACAAAUGCCUUAGUAAAAGUUUCACAGUUUCUUUUAUAUCUUGCAGCUGUGUGUACAAAUAAGCAGAUAUUGAAAAUUUGAAAAAAGAGUCAGUGGGAGCCAUUUUAGUUCAGAAAGUACUCGAUUCGUGCACAUUUUCUGUAUAUUAUGAACUGUGUAUUUUAAACUAAAUAUUGUUUCUUUCUGUAUCUCUGAAAUGGUGAUACUUUUACUAGUCAUUUUUUGGCUAAGAUGGUCAUACAUUAGUCAAUUUUCUCCUUUAGCUUGUCACGGUCUCUAUCGGACAUCCCGUAAAAUAUUAAUACCUACAUGUGGCGAUCCUUUGGUUUACAAUGCGAUCGCCGGCCGCGUGUCGUCCAGACAAUUUUCAGAUUUAUUAUACAAUACUUAGAAAAUACAGUUAAAUAGUCGGGUAAGGCUUUUUUGUCAAAUCUCUUUUAACUACCUUUUGUCAUGUUAAUCUACCUUCCAUGGACCUAUAAAAAAAG